AUGUUAAGAGAUACUGAAGAAGGCCAGAGGAAAAAAUUACGAAAGACUCAAAAACAUCGAUCAUUAUCACAAGAAGGUAAACUUAAUAGAAGUCCAUCAUCAAACAGGUCGGAUAGAUCACGAAAAAGACAUCGAUCAUCAACUGUAAAACAAAAUAGGCCAUCAAAAUUAACUAAAGAAGAAAUAAAAUAUCAACGUUUUGUUCGUGAUCUUAAAAAAGAGAUACGAAUUUUCUUAAGUCAUCGUUUACGUGAAGAUCGUUUUGAUCCACGUGGUAAACAAGAUGUGCCAAUUCAAUUUGCAAUCAUACCUAAAAGAGCUACUUCGACUAUGCUUACUAGUCGAACGAAUGAAACUACCAGUAGAACUAAUCAUCGGCAAGGUCCAAUAAAAAAUUCAGAAAAUGAUCAUAUCGAACGUCUUACAGCUGAUGUUCAAAGUCUUCUAACAGGGCCAUCAUUUAGAAAUUUCUACGGGCAAUUUAUUCAAACGAAACCAAGCCAAACUAGAUCCGGACUUUCUCUACGUUCACUUGAUGAAUCUUUAAUAUUGGAGAAUGACGAAGAUUAG